CUACCGAGAAAAACGGAGAACGGAGAAAAAAACACCCCCGUGCGAUAGUUGCAAAUCACCCGGGUGAGAUUUUUCGAUCCUCUCCACACAUUAUCCGCACCCCGGUUUCGAAAGCCACACACACCUAAGUUCAAUAGCUCCGGCGUGCGACGAUUUGUCACUGUAGAGCACCCCGGUGAAAACACAGAACCGACUAGUUGAAGCCACCAAAUAGCAAAGACAAAAACAAACACUACGGUGUGCAUAAUAAUAACAUCAACAAACGAUGAAUGUUUCGGGCGAGUGGUUCAGCUUCGUAUGUGUUGGUAAACGCAACAAGCCAAGCCAGCUGCCGUCGCUGUCGCUCUCCUUGGUGAAAACAUUUUUUCACUGUAGUGUGUGUUAGCUCUGUCGUGUUGAUUUACAGACUCUCUACAGAGGUUCGGCUAAAAAUCUCUGCGGUGCGUUUCAGAGAAUCUCUACCGAGAAUCGAAAACCGAGCACAUCGGUGAUUCUCGUUAGAGAAAUUGCAAGCCUGCCACUAACAUUCUUUCCUUUGAAGUGCGCAUAAUACAUUAUCUAUUUUUAGAUCGGAUUUGAGCCGAUUGCUCCCGUUCCAGGAAGGACACUCUUCGGCAGGCCUACUAUGAUUCUACCCAAUGUUUUUAAAUAUGCACAAUUCAUCAAAGAUGUCGAUGGUUUUAGCGGGUGUUUCAGGGGUUUAAGCGCCAAGAUCGUCGGUAACAUGCUGAGCGCUUAUUACAGUGAGAAGGUAGCCGACGAAAUGGGUUUGGAAGCAGCACCGACUGCCAAGUGUUCGGACUCUGCUGCGCCAACUCCGGAAGCAGACAGCAAGCAACUGGACGAACAAUUCAGGAAGCAACUGGACGAACAAUUCAGGAAGCAACUGAAACGGAACGUUGUGGUGCACACGGCUGGGGUCGUCUUUUCACAUCCGUUCCACGUGAUAUCUAUACGGAUGAUGAAGAUAGUGGAUGGGGAAUUUUAACUUUCCCUUUCUCGACGGCGAGCUGCCGCUGCUGUCGUUGUUCUCGACCGAGACACCGCUCAGGAGCAGGGGAGGUGGUUCCAGCUCGGUCAACUGGUUGCCGCGGGCUGUAAAGUUACCAAAUAUCAUGAGUUACAAAUGUAGAUUUGAUUACUUGAAGCUUCAUCACUAUUACCACUGCUGGAAUCAAGGAUCUUUGUGACGUCUGUUGUUAUAUUGGACCGUAUACGGCGGUAUUUUUCACGGAAGAAUGGAAUAGUUCGAAUUUUGUUUUGAAAUCGAUUACGUAACCCGAUGCAAUGGGCAUCCCUUUGUUCAAUAGAGCCAAAUGCAUGCAAUCCUCAUACUGGA